GUAACGAGCGCGUCUUCUACAUAUCUGUCUUUCCUGCCCAAUGUCCCACCGAGUAGGCUGAGCCACGUGUGUUCAUUUAGCUAUUUCGUUACUUGUUUCCAAACGUCCAGUUCUUUGUGUUUCGUUGAAACACACAACAGCAACAUGGUGAAGUUAGCAAAGGCAGCAAACAAGCAAGCAACUCAGAAGAAAAAAGCCCCUCCACCCCCCAAAGAAGUGGAGGAGGAAUCUAGUGAAGAGGAAAGCAGCGAUGAGGAAGAAGAGGCACCUCCACCUAAAGCAGUGAAGAAAGCCACUCCAGCCAAAGCCGCCCCAGCCGUUAAAAAUGGCACUCCUGCCAAAAAAGCAGAAAGUGAGGAUGACGAUGAUUCUGAGGAGGAGUCUGAGGAGGAGGCCCCACCACCAAAAAAGACCCCCGCAAAAGCAGCACCGGCUAAACCCAAGGCAGCCCCCGCAAAGGCUGAGGAGUCAGAUGAUGAUGACGAUGAUGACGAGUCAGAAGAAGAGGCCCCACCACCCAAGAAAGCAGCCAAACCUGCUGCCAAGCCUGCUGCCAAGCCUGCGGUGAAAGCUCAACCUGCAAAGGAGUCCUCUGAUGAUGAAGAUGAGGAUUCAGAAGAAGAGGCCCCACCUCCCAAGAAGGCAGCUCCAGCUAAACAAGCUGCAAAGGCCAAAGCUGCCAAAGAGGAGUCUGACGAUGACGACGAUGAAGAUGACUCUGAAGAGGAGAUGGACACCACCCCUGCUCCAGCAGCCGCAAAGGCAAAGAAAGCAGGCAUGGUGAAGGCCAAGGAAGAGUCUGAGGAGGACGAUGACGAUGAUGACGACGACGACGAUGAGGACGAUGAGGAAGAUGAUGCCCCAGUGACUCCUGCAAAGAGGAAGGCAGAGGGCAAGAAAGACACACCUCCAGCCAAGAAGGCGAAGUCAGAAGGCGACGGGUUUUGUCUAUUUGUUGGAAACUUGAACUCCAACAAAGACUUUGAAGAAAUCAAAGAAUCCCUGAGAAAAUUCUUCACCAAGAACGAACUUGAGGUCACCGAUGUCCGGUUAGGUGGAUCCAAGAAAUUUGGCUAUGUGGAAUUUGCAUCUGAGGAUGACAUGCAGAAGGCACUGGAACUUAAUGGCAAGAAGGUCAUGGGCCAGGAGAUUAAGUUGGACAGGGCCCGAAGCAAGGACAGCUCACAGGAGGGCAAGAAAGAGAGGGAUGCACGCACACUGUUUGUAAAAAACCUUCCCUUCUCUGCAACUGCUGAUGACCUGAAGGAAGUCUUUGAAGAUGCUGUAGAUGUCAGGUUACCUCCAGGCCAGAACGGUUCAAACAGAGGCAUUGCCUACAUCGAGUUCAAAACUGAGGCCGAAGCAGAGAAGAUGCUGGAGGAGGCCCAGGGAGCUGACGUACAGGGGAGGUCCAUCAUGGUUGAUUUUGUUGGAGAAAAGAGCCAGAAGGGGGGCAAGGUGUCAGUGGCCGGUGCAGCCAGUAAAACCCUGGUAGUGAAUAAUCUGGCCUUCAGUGCCACAGAGGAAGUCCUACAAUCCACAUUUGAGAAGGCUGUCUCUAUAAGGAUUCCACAGAGAGAUGGCAGACCUAAAGGUUUUGCUUUUGUAGAAUUUGAGAGCACAGAGGAGGCCAAGGAUGCCCUGGAAAACCUCAACAACACAGACAUUGAAGGCCGGUCGAUCCGACUGGAGUACAGCCAGAACAGUGGCGGGAGAGAAGGGGGCAGGGGAAACUCAGGUCCAACAAAAACCCUCUUUGUCAAGGGUCUCUCCGAGGACACGACAGAUCAGACCCUGAGGGAUUCGUUUGAGGGCGCCGUAGCAGCCAGGAUAGUCACAGACCGAGACACAGGGUCAUCAAAAGGUUUUGGCUUUGUGGACUUUGACAAUGAGGACGACUGCAAGGCAGCCAAGGAGGCCAUGGAUGACGGUGAGAUCGAUGGCAGCAAGGUGACCCUGGACUACGCCAAGCCCAAGGGUGAAGGUGGCUUCCGUGGCGGUCGAGGUGGUGGUGGAUUUGGCGGUGGAUUUGGAGGCCGUGGUGGUGGCGGCAGAGGAGGCCGCGGCGGUUUCGGAGGCUUUGGAGGCUUCGGCGGUCGUGGUGGUGGCGGCAGAGGAGGAGGAGGAAGGGGAGGCCCUCGUGGAGGUGGACGCGGACGUGGCGGCUUUGGAGGUGGAAGAGGUGGCGGUGGAUUUGGAGCUAAACCCCAGGGGAAGAAAAUCAAGUUUGAUGACUAAAUCCUUGGUCUAUUUUACUUUUCGAAUGGACUCUGGUUUCAUCACUUUUCAGAGCUUUUGGACAUUCCAGAAAGCGUCAUUGAUAUAUAUUUAACUGUUAAUGGGCAUUUUAGCCCUUUAUUUAGACCCCUAAAACCUUCCCGACCCUUCUGUGCCAGACUGGUACUUUUGACCUUCUCAGCUCAAGUACUACGUGUUAGUACUGAAUGUCCCUAAUGCAAACCUGCACCUCUUGCCCUCAUUAGCUUACUUGCUUUUCUGAAGGAGUAAAAUGGAAUGGGUCUGGCAAACAAGUUUGCUGUGAAAAAUACGCUCGUCUUUGUCAGAUACAUUGUGUAAAUUUAAACAGUUUGUAUGAUUUUAUUUUACCUUUUGUAAAAAAAAAAAAUUACACCUGUAUCCAUAUGUUUUUGUUUUUAUUUUGUUUAGUUUGCUUUAGGUGCCAAGUUUUACUGUAAUGUGCAAAGCAUAUUUUGAUAGAAGAUGAGUCAGUGCUCUAGAGUUGGGUGUUAAGAAAUAUGGCAAAGAUGUUCUGUCAUGUUGUUUUGGUGGGGCACAGUCAGUGUCUGAGUCACAGAGGAUGAAAUACCUCUUAUGUAUGUAACAUAAAAAUAUUUGUAGUGCAUUGACUAAUUUUUUCCCAUCUGAGAAUCUCAAGAUUUUCACGUGAUUAAAUAAAAUCUUGUAGGUGGUGAUUUUUAAA